AUGGCUAAAUGCAAAAUAAAGAGAGAAAAGGAAAUAAUGCAACCAGAAGAGAGAGAUUUUUCCGGCAAAGGAAUGCGGCUCCUAUAUAAACAUCUUAUGGGGUACACGUGGAUAAUUGUAACAGCUAUGGACGACAUAGCAGCUGGACAGGAAUACUGGGAAAAAGAUGGCCUGGUUAACGACGUACUGCAGCAACUUGUAAUCGAUCUUGGAGGAGAGGAGUCAUCCGACAGCGAGAUCGAAAGUGAAGAAGAAGACAGUUUAGACCAUGAUAUUGUACCAAUUAUUUAUAGUGAAAAUGAAUUUUGA